AUGUGUUUAAUCCGGUCCCAUUCCCCACAGGACCCCAGUGUGAAUCUGAGAUGCCCUGAGGGCCAAGUCUGCGGUCCUCAAAUAAGAAGACGCAGUGGGACUUCUGCCACUGGGACUUGCACAAUACACAGCCACACAGACUGCAGCACUUUUGAUGGAGAGGUGUUCCGCUUCAUAGCGCCCUGCACCUUCACGCUGGCUAAGACCUGCUCUCCCUCUGAGGCCAUGCCCAUGUUCAGCGUGGAAGUGGUCAAUGAGCAGAACAGGAACUCAUCGUUGCCGACUGUUCAGCAGGUCAUUGUUGAAAUGGGGAACUACAGAGUUUCCCUGAUGAAAAGGCAGACACACCGGAUUGUGGUUAAUGGGGUCUGGAGGAAGCUUCCACUGAAACUCGGCAAUGGAACUGUCACCAUCAAGAGCAACCCCGCCGCUGUUGAACUGCAAUCCAGUUUUGGUCUUUCGGUCUCCCACGACAACGCUGGUGCUGUCCACAUCAUCCUGCCGUCCGCUUACUCUGAUAAAGUCUGUGGCUUGUGCGGAAAUUUUAACCACUUUAGAAACGACGACUUCAGAAAGCCCGACGGAUCGAUUGCCCAUAAUGCUACAGCUUUGGCUAAGAGCUGGCAGUCUGGGCAAGCCUCCUCCUCCUGUGAAACCAUGCUAGUACCUCAACAGUGUGACCCACUGGAGAUGGCUGAGUACUCCAGUGAGCCGUACUGCGGAGGCCUCCUCUCUGCCACUGGGCCCUUUGCUGACUGCCUAUCAGUUCUGGGGGCAGAGAGCUACUUCAGGGGAUGUGUGGUUAACAUGUGCUCUUCCCACGGUGACCCAAUGGUCCUAUGUGAGGCAUUACAGUUAUACGCUGACAUCUGCCAGGAGGCUGGAGUCUCCAUACCCAUAUGGAGGAACUCUACAUUCUGCCCCCUACAGUGUGGUGAGAACAGCCACUAUAACGCAUGCGCCGAUGGCUGUCCCGAGGUAUGCUCCAGUCCGGAUAUGAUUGGCUCCUGUGGAAGCUGUGAGGAAAGAUGCGAGUGUGACUCUGGCUUAAAGCUCAGCGGCGGACAGUGUGUCCCAGCGGAGGAUUGUGGGUGCUGGUAUAAUGGAAAGCACUAUGAGAAAGGAGCAACGUUCUUGAAGGGAGAGUGUGAGCAAAUGUGUCAGUGCAUGGGUCAUGACGGCAUGCGAUGCAUCACAAUGCAAUGUGCAGACAAGGAGGUUUGCAAGGUCAAGGACGGGGUGAAAGGUUGCUUCCCUUUCAAACCCGCCACCUGCCGUGUGUAUGGUGACCCACACUAUAUCACAUAUGACGGCAUGGCAUACGACUUCCAAGGGGGCUGCAGUUACACGCUGACGACCACGUGCGCAGGAGAAAGCGCCGUCCAGUUCAGUGUGAUUGGAUACAACAUGUACCCCACCCAUCAGAACUUCACCCGAGCCAAGCUCCAAGCUGUGGCUCUUCAAGUCGAGGAUCUGUACCUCACCCUGAAUCAGAGUGGAGAGGUGAAUAACAGCACUGUCAAGCUCCCCUAUUCCACCUACGGCACAUACGGCUCAGUGCAGGUCUACCUGAAACAAAACUAUAUCGUCUUGGAAACAACCUUUGGCCUCAGGAUGACAAUAGACGCGCAGAACAGACUCUUCCUGCAGGUGGAUGAGCGCUACAGGUAUGAACUGUGUGGACUGUGUGGCACCUACUCUGAACGCCAGGACGACGACUUUAUAUUUGGUGACAGCUGGAAGGUGCCAGGGGAUAACGAGUGUAUUUCCCAUCCAAAUGAUCCCAAAGUAUGUGAUUAUAAUGAGGAGAAUGAGGCCUACAAUGAGUGUUACACCCUACUCGGGGACACUUUCAAACCCUGCCAUGAACUCAUUCACCCAAACAUUUACCUCAAGAGUUGUGUGUAUGACUACUGCGCCACCAGUGGUGACCAACACACCCUAUGUGAAUCUCUCAAGUCCUAUGCAGCAGCAUGCCAGGUUGCAGGAGUGGAGCUGCCCCACUGGCAGACCAACACAGCCUGUGCUGACCCCCAAACCACUGCAACUCUUCCAACACAUCCAACUUCUACAUCUCCAACAACAGAUCAGACUCUCUGUCCCAUAACCUGUGACUUUGAAAAGAAUAUGUGUGGGUGGGAGCAAAUCGUACAGGACAGUUUUGAUUGGACAAGACAUUCAGGACAAACCCCAACAAACUUAACUGGACCAAAUCAAGACCACACCACUGGAGCUGGUUUCUACAUGUAUAUUGAGGGAACUAGUGUAACCCAUGGAGAUUCAGCUCGUUUGUGGAGCUCAAUAUGCCAUUUUAAUGGCCCCCUCUGCCUGCACUUCUGGUACUAUAUGUAUGGUUCAGCCUCAGCCAUGGCCCUCAAUAUCUACCUUCUCAACGACAAUAAAGCUACCAAGCUCUGGGCCAAGAUGAACAACCAGGGACAAGAAUGGUAUCCAGGAAUUGUUGACAUUAAAGUGUCUGGUCCAUUCCAAAUCAUAAUUGAGGGUAUUCGAGGCUCUAAUGCUCAUUCAGAUGUGGCCAUUGAUGACAUUUCCAUCCACUAUGGCACAUGCUCAGGUAGCUUCCCUGACCUGAUUAGUGGAACUAAGUCUCCUAUCACAGCUGUGGAAGCCCUCCCCUCACCCCCGAUCUGCAAUAUAGACUGCAGCUUCGACAGCAACCUUUGUAGCUGGAAUCAGAUGGUGACAGAUGCUUUUGACUGGACAUGGCAAAGCGGUUCCACCCCAACCCUGAUGACUGGCCCAUCUGCUGGCCACACUGCUGGUAAUAUUGGUCACUAUCUUUACAUCGAAGCCAACAGUGCGUCGCAUGGAGACACAGCUCGUCUCAUCAGCUCUGAGUGUUCUGACUCUGGUCCGAAGUGUCUGCAGUUCUGGUACCAUAUGUACGGCUCAGCAGAUACAAUGGGCCUCCAUGUCUACCUGCUCCAGGACAGGUUAGCCGAUGCUGUUUGGUGGAAGAGAAAUGACCAAGGAAAUAUGUGGCAACUGGGUCAGGUCGAUAUCACUACCACUGCGGAAUUCCAGAUCAUAUUUGAAGGCCGAAGAGGUUCCAACGAUCAGUCCGAUGUUGCCAUAGAUGAUGUAUCACUUCAUCAUGGGCACUGCACAGUUGCGACAGUGGUUCGAGAGUUUCCUCCAGUGAACACCUCAACUGCUACACAAACAAAAACAAGACUACAUCAACCAAUAACAUCAACAACAAUCACAACUGGACCCCAAACCACAGCCAGACCCCAGCCACCAACAUCAACAGUUAAACCACAACCACCAACCACAGCUCAACCACCAACCACAGCUCAACCACAACCACCAACCACACUCAACCACAACCACAAACCACAGCUCAACCACAAACCACAGCUCAACCACAAACCACAGCUCAACCACAAACCACAGCUCAACCACCAACCACAGCUCAACCACAACUACCAACCACAGCUCAACCACAAACCACAUGGCAAAGCCCACAUGCGAGCACCCUCCUGCCCAGCGAACAGUCAUUACAGAACUUGUGCACCUCCAUGCAGUCCAACCUGUCGACACCUGAAUGGCCCACCAGGCUGCACUCACAAUACGCGUUGUAAGAAGGGCUGUGUUUGUGAUGAAGGCUUUGUGAAUACAUGGAGGGGUUGUGUGCCUAUCCAACAAUGUGGAUGUGUGGACAGGAAUGGCACAGGACAUCACUUCAAUGAAGUUUGGCACACCGAGCACUGCAGUCAGAAAUGUAAAUGUGAGAAACAUCGUGGAGUGGGCAAGAUUGACUGCGAUGACAAAGAUGAGUGCGAUGGAAAUGCUGUCUGCCUUCAAAUUUGGGAGAGAAAUUAUUACUGCCAGUCUACAGGCUUUAGCGAGUGCUCUAUCAGGGGAGACCCAGAGUACCGGACAUUUGAUAAAAUGAAGCAUUACUUUGACGGUAAGCACUCCUAUGUGCUGGUCCGGACCAACAACUUGCCAGAUUACCUUCCACAAGUGUACAUCGAGGCCAUCAAUGAUGAUGGUGACGAUGAUGAUGAUGAUGAUGAUGGUGACAGUAGCAGUGAAGAACACCACAGCCACAGAGGGAGCGAUGAAGAUGAGGAUGAAGAUGAGGAGGAUUAUGAUAGUGAUUCUCACCAACAUCAUCACGACAGUGAAGAAGAGGAUCGGGAACACCGUGGAUUAAAAGAGCUCAAGAUCAGAGUGUAUAAUCACACUGUGUUAUUCAAGAAAUAUCGGAAGCUGAUCGUGGAUGGAAGGGAAACCAAUACUCCCGCCUCACCGACGGCUGGUCUAAACAUCUGGGAGCAUUCCUCUCGCAUCUACCUGAAGACUGACUUUGGCCUCUCAGUGGAGUUUGAUGGUCACAGCAGAGCAGAGAUCAUUCUACCAAACUUAUAUAGGAGGAGGGUGGGGGGUCUGUGUGGGAACUUUGACUGGCGCCGAAUGAACGACUGGACGAAGCCAGAUGGUACCAGGGCCAGAAGCCUCGAAGAGUUUGGAGAGAGCUGGAGAGUGUGAACAUCAGAUGAUGGAAGGAUGAGACAUGGCACAUAGAAAUACCCCGUGUAGACUUUGACCACUAGCAGAUACUUCACUAUAGCACUUAACAGAAAUAAAUCUUUUCGUUAGACAUCAGUUCCUCUCCUAAACAAAAGCUCUCAAUCGCACCUUAACAUGUACAUGACCAGUGGCAUUGAUGUCCGGCCUUGUUUACCUCCAGCUCUUAGGACAAUAAAUACAGGACGAUGGACACUUUGUAACUGUUUUAUAGUGUACGUCUAUAGCCAUAUAAUCUCGAGAUACAAUACAUAACUUUUGUUCCUUCCUGCUCUCACAUCAGUCAGCUGAGCAUGUGCUUUAUAAAACAUUAUGAUUGUGCAACAUGGGGUUAUUUAUCGCUAUCCCUAAAUGUGCGAUACAUUAGUAUUCAACAUAUUGCUUGUACUUGGUCAUACUGUGUAUUAAAAUGUGCAUUGGUAGGUUUUUUAUUGAAUAUUCAUUGUUCUAAUAAACAUGCAGUGUGGUUA